CCGCCCACGGCGCUGGCUUCCUCGGGGUGGCUGGCGCGGCCCGCACCAUGGCUGGGCUGCUGGCGCUGCUGGGCCCCGCGCGCACGGUGGGCGCCGGGGUCCGGCCUCGGGUCGCCUGGCUCGCGGGCGCCGGCCCCUGUGCCCCGCCGCCGCCGUGUGUGCGGCUGCUCCAGCCUGGACCUGCUGCCCGGCUGCUCUGCUCCGCCCGCGGGGACCACCGCGGCCGCCAGGACGCGGGCAGCACCGAGAAGAAGCCCAGCAAGGCCCAGCAGCUGAAGCAGCUGUUCCAGGAGUACGGGGCCGUGGGCGUGGGGCUGCACAUCGGGGUCUCGCUGGCCUCCCUGGGCGUCUUCUACACGGUGGUUUCCAGUGGCGUGGACAUGUCCGCCGUGCUGCUCAGGCUCGGGUUCCAGGAGUCCCUGGUGCAGUCGAAGAUGGCAGCGGGCACCAGCACCUUCGUGGUGGCCUACGCCAUCCACAAGCUCUUCGCGCCCGUGAGGAUCAGCAUCACCCUGGUGUCCGCGCCCCUGCUCGUGCGCUACUUCCGCAAAGUGGGAUUCUUCAAGCCCCCAGCCAAGCCCUGACCCGCUCCGGGGGCCAGCCUGGUGGCCCGCCCCCAGUG